ACAAAUAUUCACUACUACACCAAAAGAGCCUCCAACAGAGAGAAAGUGUACAAACGUUGUUCCCACUCUCUGCAUUUCUCAAUCAUUUCAUGUGGUUACUACCUUGAUUGAUUUAUAUAUAUUCCACAACAUCAAAACCACACCCCUCAAAAUCGAAGUGAGUAUAGUAAUAUCUUAGAAGAUGGUUUUGGAAGAUAAAAAUGACGGUUCUUCUUUGCCACAACCGCCCGGCAGUUUCUCCAAAUCGUCACCGUCCGGGUUAGAUGUUACUGAUCCGUACAACCGGAAAAGUUCGCCGGAAUCUAGUUCGGAUGCCAAGAAGGUUGAGAAAAAGCCUGGAGGAUGGAGAGCCAUAUCCUUCAUUUUAGGUAAUGAGACGCUGGAGAGACUGGGAACGAUAGGGUUGUUGGCAAACUUUAUGGUUUAUCUAACCAAAGUGUUCCACUUAGAACAAGUCGCUGCUGCAAAUGUCAUUAACAUUUGGUCUGGUUUCACUAAUCUCACUCCUCUCGUCGGAGCGUUCAUCUCAGACACUUACAUCGGCCGCUUCAAGACCAUCGCUUUCGCCUCAUUCGCCACUCUACUCGGACUAAUAACAAUUACACUCACAGCAUCGCUUCCUCAACUCCACCCAGCAUCAUGCCACAGCCAAAACCCACUCAGUUGCGCUGGUCCUAACAAGCUCCAGUUCGGAGUUUUGCUGUUGGGACUCUGUUUCCUCUCCAUAGGUAGUGGAGGAAUACGACCUUGUAGCAUCCCUUUUGGUGUUGAUCAGUUUGACCAACGAACUGACGAAGGGGUUAAAGGAGUGGCCAGUUUCUUCAACUGGUAUUACAUGACUUUCACUAUAGUACUGCUCAUUACACAGACCGUAGUUGUGUAUAUCCAGGACCAAGUCAGUUGGAUUAUCGGAUUUAGUAUCCCUACCGGACUCAUGGCUCUUGCGGUGGUUAUGUUUUUUGCCGGAAUGAAGCGUUACAUCUACGUCAAACCUGAAGGGAGUAUAUUCUCUGGGAUUGCUCAAGUUAUCGUGGCAGCUCGUAAGAAGCGAAAGCUGAAAGUUCCGGCAGAAGAUGACGGUACUGUGACCUAUUAUGACCCAGCCAUCAAAUCUACCGUGUUAUCCAAGCUACAUCGCAGUAACCAAUUUAGGUGUCUAGACAAAGCAGCGGUGGUAACAGAAGGCGAUCUAACACCGGAGGGAGCUCCAGCUAACAAGUGGCGGUUAUGCAGUGUCCAAGAAGUGGAAGAAGUGAAGUGUUUAAUCAGAAUCGUCCCUGUUUGGUCGGCUGGAAUAAUCUCACUCGCGGCCAUGACACAACAAGGCACUUUCACUGUCUCACAAGCUUUGAAAAUGGACAGACACUUAGGUCCUAACUUCGAGAUCCCGGCUGGUUCACUCUCUGUCAUCUCUCUCCUCACAAUAGGGAUCUUUCUUCCCUUCUACGACCGCGUUUUCGUCCCGUUCGCAAGACGAGUCACAGGCCAUAAAUCAGGUAUCACGCUCCUCCAACGUAUAGGGACAGGGAUCGUUUUCGCGAUCUUUUCUAUGAUCGUUGCGGGCAUAGUGGAGCGUAUGAGACGCAUACGCUCCAUCAAUGCGGGAGAUCCAACAGGUAUGACUCCAAUGUCAGUGUUUUGGCUCUCUCCACAGCUUAUUCUGAUGGGACUAUGCGAAGCAUUCAAUAUCAUUGGACAAAUAGAGUUCUUCAACAGUCAGUUUCCAGAGCACAUGAGAAGCAUUGCUAACUCGCUCUUCUCUUUAUCCUUCGCCGGUUCGAGUUACCUUAGUAGCUUCCUUGUGACGAUCGUUCAUAAAUUCACCGGAGGGCAUGACCGUCCGGAUUGGCUGAACAAGAAUCUCAACGCGGGGAAAUUGGAUUACUUCUAUUACCUGAUUGCGGUUUUGGGUGUGUUUAAUCUGGUUUACUUCUGGUAUUGUGCUCGUGGAUACCGGUAUAAGGUCGGUUUACCGAUUGAAGAUUUUGAGGAGGACAAGCGUUCCGAUGAUGUUGAGAUGACUUCGUCAAAACCGAUGUAAUGAUUUUAAUUAGGAACAACAAGAAGAUGAAUCGAUGUUGUUUGAAUGAUUACCAUGAAAAUGUAUCAACUAGUUAUAUAAAUAUAAUAAAUUUUUACAUUUUAGUUUUUAUA